AUGAUCGUCUUGUUCCUUUAUUCGUUAGGUAGUCCCCAACUUUCUUCGAUGCGUCCGCAAGGCAGUAAUAUGUCCCUUUCUAAGGUGGGACCUUUGCUUUACAGUGAAUCGAUCGAACUCCUUUCGAACCCAGGAAGCACUAAUGUAAGAAGGAAAUUGAUUCACCCAAUGCAAACGAACCGGGAUUUUCAAAAUGGCUUGCCCCUGGACUUUAAAAAUGAUGCCCUAGAAGAAAUGGAUAAUUUAAAUAAAAUUGAUCGCGACGGUCUCUCUGCUAUUCAUCGAGCUGUUCGUGGUAAUAAGAUUCAGACUGUCAGAAUUUUGUUAGAUUAUGGUGCGGAUAUCAACUUGAAAGACAAAGAUGGAUUCACGGCACUUCAUGCUGGCGUGAGGUAUGUGCGUAAAAAAUGUACAAGUAAAGGGCUUAGGAAAACAUCUAAUGGUUCUUCACACCAGCUGGUUCAAGAAUGCUAAUGUAUGCCAGAAUAUUUUUUUCAGUUGUAUGAAUGAAGGAUUGAUUGGUGAUUGAAAAUGGCUCUCUGUAAUUUAUUUAGUUGUGUUGUUGUUUUUAUAUCUGUUCAGGAUAGAAUUACCCGCCAUUCUUUGAUAACUCCUACAAAAAACACUGUAUGUGAACAAGUAUUGUUUUUUGGCUUACUUACUGAUCAAAAGUUAGUUCCAAGUCAUCGAAAACUCUACACGAUGAAACAAUUUAUCCAAUCAAAGGAGAUGUGUCACGAAAUUUAUAAAACUUCGAUCAAACAGCGGAAAUUGCCAACAAAUUGGGUGAAACGUAAAACUAACCUUCAAAACGUUAAAAGAAAAUACAAGUCACCCAGCAAAUACAGACGGAGGUGCGGAUGGGCAAACAUGAAGAAGAUUGAAACGGAUUGCAAUUGUGGUUUUUGAAAACUUGUUAGCCUAACUUGUUAGCCUAUGCAGAUUCUCAGACGCACGGUUUGGUUGAUUUUAGGUUUGAGAGAACAGAGAUUGUUCAACUUUUGCUUGAAAGAGGCGCCGACCCAACAAUAUCAAACAAUAACGAAAUGACAGCGCUGGAUUCAGCUGCACGUACAGGGCUCGUGGAGUUAUGCACUCUUCUGCUCAAAGAUUCGAGGGUAAAAUAUCACUUAAACCAUAAAAGCAUAACUCCGUUCUUUAUGGCCUGUAUUAAUGGCAGUCGAGAAGUAUGCGAGUUGUUUAUUAGACAUGGGUUUGACGUCACUGCCCACUGGAUGCAAAGAACCACUCCUCUCCACAUUGCAGCAUUUCAAGGGCAUAAAGAGGUGUGUGAGCUACUGAUUGAAACAGGUAAUAUCUUGCUGGACAUGUAUCAUGACUACAUAGAGACGGAAAUAUAUAAUGAUGAUAUUAUUUCUAGAGAUGCUCUAAGCUUUUUAGACUGUCUUUGGGUGUUUGCCUUACCCUUAUUCAGACAGAGCUUUAAUUAGCUUCCUGAGAGGGCGAGGGAGAGAAAGGCCUUGACUUCAUGUUUUUUUUUCUCAAAUCAGUCACCGAAAAACUUGGAUUACACCAGCAGUAAUAAAAAUAAUAAAUUUGUUGAAAUAUUGCCAAAUUAAAAGAGAUAUAUGAAGAAAAUAAAGAAAUAAAAAUAAAUCCUUUUUAAAACGAAAAUAGUAUUUUUUUUAACAUGGCUCUCAAAACUCGUUUGCCACGGUAACGUCAAAGUUAAUGUACACGUGUUCCAACUUUAAUUAGUAUAUACACACUCAGUGAUCUUGGUGAUUUAAGCAAUCUGAUUGGUUCGCUAUCUCGGACUAUUCAACAAUAUUCACCUCCUGGCGAGUGGAUAAUGUGUGAGCUCAGUGUUUUUCCCAUUUUUUUAGAGAACAAUCUUUUAAAAGUCGACAAAAUCCUAGCGCUGACUUUUUUUAAGGCAAGAAAAGAUUUGGAAGGAUUCAAUACGGCGUUUUUCGAUUUACUGUAGCUGAGUUUUGUGCUCGAUGGAUUGUUUACAACUCCCCUGUAUUCGCGUAGAAGAAGCCGUUUCGUGAACUCAGCGUUUUCUAACAAGAAAAUUUUGGCUCAAAAAUCGGAGUUUAUUUAUGACAAACAAAUUUAAAAGGAAAUGUCUGCAGAAAUUCUACGUUUCAAGUAAACAGGAAAAAGAAUGAUACAGGAAGACGACGUCUUACCUCGAGCAACCGAGCCGGCCAAUUUUGUCAGCACUUCAUGCGAAGAACGACACAACAAGCCCUUUUGGCUAUAAACUUGGCGAGUCAACUGAAAACAACAAAGCUCCACUUUUCUUCUCAAGUAAGGAAACAGUUCAAACUUUUAGCGGUUCCAUUUAAGCCAUUAAGCUGUUGUUAACGAAAUGAUAAACUUGUGAAUUGCCAUGUUUGAAAAUUCUGCAAAAGUCUAUUUUAAACUUACGCGUGAUUUGAUCUGUCAAUCAGAUUGUACUUUUUAAUGGUUUCUUCUCUGAUUUUGUUGAGAUCACUUCGUGUGUAUAUACUAAAACAAUUAUUCUUUUCAAUCUCGGUGAAUAGAGGCUUUGGGAAUAUUUACCUCGCCGCUUUCGCGACUCGGCAAAUAUUUAGCCACUAUUCACCUCGAUUUCAAAGAAUAAUUGUUAAAUAUUCCCAGAUAAUUUUUAGGAAAUGUUGCCAAGUUUGGUAAUUUAUUCGACUUUUUAGCGACGGGAGGGGGGAUCAAAAACCCCAUCCCGGUCUGAGGAGGGAUGAGACGCCAGUUUUACAAAAAUUCAUACGUUUUUUGUGAUUUCGUGGAAUUCCUAAAUAAGGGGUAUAUUUUUUGCGUUAACUAGAGUUAUUCCAUUUCCCUUUAAAAUUCAAAAGGGCUGCAAUUGAUCAGUGCACUUUAUAAUACCUGAAUUUAAUGUCCAUUGAGAACUUUUUAAGUUGUCUGAAGUACAGGCAAAAUUGAGCAAAUAUUGAAGUUUCCUAGUUGAUAAUGUAAAUUGAUUAGAUUGUACGUCUGUAGGUGAGGGUUAUUAAUUAUAACUAAUCUAUUUGUUAUAAUCAGCUUCUAAAGAGUUACAUACGCUAGAGGAUUUUAUAAAUUUCAAAGACUCAGAAGGCAAUACCCCUCUUCACUUCGCCUGCAUCGGAGGACAUGGAGGUGUGGGGGAGCUUUUAUUACGCCGUGGCGCGAAUCAUGAGGCCGUUAACUUCUUGGAAUCUGCUUCUCCGCUCCAUUUAGCGGUGAAACAGGGCCACUUUUCCAUGGUACAGCUUCUUUUUAUGUGGGGAGCAGCUGCUGACGUCAGGGAUGGUAAACAAAGGACACCGCUUCAUAGGUAUAGUUACGUAAAAUAUCUGUUUCUGCUCUAUGGAAAAACUUCUAUUCGUGUAAACAUUUGUUCUAUGUUUCCGUUGCCAAUUGUUUUCUGGGUUUAUAGGCGGGAAAUAAGUUGCAAUUUGUAGAGCUUUCUAGAUAAAAACGGCAAAACAGGAAACAAUAUUCCAUGAAAACUGUUUUACUCUAUAUUAUACACCAAGAAUGAGCGGAAAGAAAAUGGACGAGAAAUAAGUCUCUAGAUGUUUUAAAGACUUGUCUAAAGCCUUUUGUGUCAUUCAUUUUGCCCUCCUCUCCGGUGGAGAGUGUCUGACGCUGCAUACGUUUGGCUUGCAGACUACCUUUCUUUGCUUAAACAAGUGCCAGUGGUCAAUUUAGGUAGUGUUCUGUCAGACCACCUUUUCUUGACAGCUCACAUGCCCCAGGGCUUUAUUUUCUGUUUCGGUGUUAUUUACGAUUUACGAAAACGAGUUACUUUUAAUUCCUAACCAUUGCAACUCGAUGGGGUAUACAUUACAGUACAGUUAAAGUCCUCCAGAUGGUCAACCUGUUACAGUGGAGUUGCACUUGCGACUACACGGUCGACCAGUGCAGCGAAACCACUCUUAUCUUGCUUAGACCUCGUUGCCAGCUUAAUGGGGACAUUUAAUAAUUUGGCGAUAUUUAUCCAAGGGUCCCGUUUGUAUGGCGGCCUAGACUUCGCAAACAGCAUCUUGUUUGUUAGCGUAGUGUUUGGACAACGUCAAACAUCAAACAUGACCAACAUUUUGAAUAUUGGCUCCAGAUCACAUUUUUGAGACUGUUUAUUUGUUAUGUGUAGAAUGUCUGUCUUGGUGCAUCGGAGUCUGAAUUCUGUAUCCUCUGCGUCUUCAGGGGUUGGGAGUCUACUCCACCCACCAAUAACCAUUUGCCUCAAUAACUUCAUCCAACAGGUCUCCAACAGGCUUGCGUUCCAUAUGAAAGACGGGAUCGCACACAUUAGCUUAGCUCUUAUUGUCAUGUUCACUUUCUGGUCCGUCAGCACUUGUCUCAUUUCAUUGAAUUUCGCAGUUGCUUUUGAUACACCAGUGGCGAAUUAAGACCUUUAGUUAAGGGCAGGACCGGUCUCUAAAAACGUUUUUUUGGUCCUUCCGACGCCUCAGUUUGGUCUAAAAGUAAGAGGGGGCCCGGGCCCCCCGGGCCCCUCCCCUGGAUCCGCCACGGAAAAAUGCCUUGAGUUUUAUUGCGGAAAGUUUGGCCAAGGUAUAUGGACUCUGAUACAUUCUCCACCAUAUUAUCCCCGCUUGAAAACAAUGAAGGUAAGUUGGCAAGUUCAUCAUUGUUGAAUACUUGGGUCUUUCUCUUUGGAAAGGAAUUGGUGAGUCCAAAGCGGGAACAUGUACCGUUUAGAAUGUUCAUGAUGGUUUUCACUUCAGCUAUACUUUUACAGAACAGUGCGAGAUCAUCAGCAUAAAGCAACCAUCUGACCAUCUGUGCACCAUUCAGUCUGCCACUUUUCGGCUGUUAUCUAUUUGUUCAAAAAUGUGGGAUAUUAAAAUUGAAUUCGAUACUCCAGCCAUCCGGAAAUUGCUUGUCUGUUUCACAUGCGGCAACCUUCAAGACGUAGUCCAAAUAGUAAGUGAAUAUACAUGGUGACUCUUGACCUCCUUGUCCACAGCGGAACCAUAAUUCGAACCUCUCUUUCAUUCCAAAACUGGACGCUCUAGUACCUCGGUACAUACAAAAUGGCAAUCAGGUGUGAUGCACCUGUUCUCAAGUCUAAGGGUGCGUUCCUUUCGGUGAAUCCAAAAACGGAUUUUAGAUCUAAGAACGGAUUUCGCGUUCCUUUCGGCAAAUCCAAAUCCGGAUUUUUGAUCUGGUGAAUCCUUUUUGAAAAAGGAUUCAUUGGAUUUGAAAUCCGAAGAAUCCAAAUCCAGAUUAACGGAUUAGUGAUCUACGCUGUUCCAUUCACAGUGGAUCCGAAAUUAGUCAGAUGAUCCAGCGGUAUUUCCAGUUGAAGUAUUCCCAUAGAGGUCGUAGAGUUUCCACGUUGCUGUCAUUUGCCGCAAAACAUCUGAAAACACUAGAAGAUUGUUCCUGGUACAUUAAAAUAUCCAUAUACUAACCAUUUGUCUCUAAAGAUUGCUUGAAAUCAGAAAUAAGUAAAAGUAACAAAUGAACUGCUAUCUAACUACAAACUCGCUUGUAGACGCGACAGGCACUCGAUCGCGUUACAUAAAAAAAUCCGAGCUAUGGAACUGGAUCAAACUGGCCGACAUUCUUUAGAUAAUUUUCAAUUUCAAUGCGCUUCUUUCUUUUUCUGUUUUAUAUGUUCCAUCGUCGCUAUUCGAACUGCCGACCACUAAAUUCUGCACGGUAUAAUCGCAUAAUUUGUCAAACAGUAGAAAACACGUCAUUUCUUGAGAGGCUGUCGUACAUAUUGCACGCGUUGGCGAAAGGUUACCAAGGUUACAAACCCAAUUUCGGAUUUCACGUUCCUUUCGACCUCGAAAUCUGGCAAAUCUAGGAUCAAAAAUCCGUUUUUGGAUUCGCCGAAAGGAACACACCCUAAGACUUUAAAAUCCUUGGAAUAUGAUCGCAGGCGUUCGUUAGAUAAAUCUAAACAGCAAUCAAAGUAUCAUUGUAUUUGUCGAUAACAGACGUUAAAACAAAUAUUACAUAAGUUGUCGAUCGAUUUCUUCUCAUACCUAAUUGGGAGUCAACUAUGUUAGUUUCGUAGGCCUCGUUUAGUCGUAACAUGACAAUUUUAGCCAAUAUCUUUCUCAUGUUGGCUCCGAUCGCCAACCACGGUAAUUCUUUGCAAUGUUUAACAGCCCCUUCUUAUACAAACAUGUUAUUUUGGCAUGUAGCCAGGUCGUUGGUACACUUAAAAAUGACUAGAUCAAAUUAUAGCGCAAUUCGUUGUAUUGCGCUGCGCUUAUUGGAAACUUCGAAGGGAUUUUGGGUUUUUCUGUUCCGUCAAUCAUUUUAGUGAAGGUGGGUUAAUGCAAAUCAUACUGUAACGCGUUCACCCAGCUUGGCUGAGAAUGACUCUAGACUGCUCAAGAUUAGCGAAGGAAAUCGUGAUGUUGAAUGGAGUUUUUUUGUCGAAGGAAGGAGGCAGACGUUGGUCUGUUCUUGCAAGUGACAAGAAUAAGAAAGAUCAGAAAAAUGUGCGAAGCAAACUUACAUGAAACUUAACUAGUCGGUUAUUGCCCGAACAGGACGAUCACAAAGCAACGAACCUUGAAACACGAAACAAAAAAAAGGGAUCGAAGUUCACCAAUCACGGAUCACAAACCAUGACCUUUUGAACUCGUGCAAGUAUGUGUUUCCUAAGAGGUCCGCUAAGAUAACUAACGGAACAGAAAAAGCCAAAAUUCCUUCGAAGUUUGCAAAACGCACAGUGCGAUACAACGAAUUUCGUUAUAAAUAGCAAAAACAGCACACGGAUGAGUUGGUUACUUGAGUUAUAUUUCAAGCCUUCAGUCUUCCGCUUGUCUGUUCCAGCACUUUUGUUGUUUUUAAAUGUCUUUAAGACAUGUUCCAUUUCCUCAAUGUUGGUGGAUCUUCGUUCACCGUAAUUCUCUGGAUAAGCUCGCUUUGGUGGCAUUUCAAGUUGCGGUACACGUGCAGCAUAGUGUUCUUUGAAAUGUUCUUAAUGUAGAGGGAAAAAAGAUUCUUUCAGCUCUUUCCCGGCUGUUAACGUCAGUGACGCUGUAUUCGUUCUCUCGAUCAUGAACUUUCAGAGACCUCAAGAUGGUGUUACAUAAACUCGUUGUUGAUAAAAACCUAACAAAACCAAGCUGCUGGAUGUUAAGAUCCCACAGUUAGCUCGAUGUUUGCUAUUGUCAUCGGUAUUCCGUCGGUAAAGAAAUCAAACCUUCCCCAGUUGACAAUGACUUGGGUGUUUUGGUUGACUCGUGUCUCACCUACAGUGAUGACCGAAGAACAAAUUAAUACUGGCUGCUAGCUGUAUCCUCAGGCUAAGACGUGCCUUAUGAUAAUACAUAGUACUUUCUUAAGCUUAAGGUCGCCGAUGGGAUGGUUCACUCUCUGUGCUCGGCGUCCUUAUCUUCGCGUACUUGUUUGGCUGUUUUUUUUUUUAUUGGACCGCUCCAACCUGCCUCGUCUUUGGGGGCAGGGGGCUAGUGUUUAGUUUCAAUAAAGUCUCUCUCAGCGCCAAACAAUUGAUUUAUGUGUCCUUUAUUUCGAUCUUUCCUGCCCUGUGUUAAAUGGUUUUAAAAGACGCCUCUUGUUUACUUACAUUCUAGGGUAACUUCAUCCUUCAUAAUUCUGUAAAAUUUUAGCAGUCUUGCAUAACGCGCGGGUAGGCGUAAGAAGCCUUUACACUUCUUGGUGUUGUUGCACUGAGUGACCCAGACUAUUGAAUGUAGCACAGUUAUUAUCACAGGAUUUUAAGCUCAACUGUCUCUUUUCUUCUUCUUUUCUAGCGCUGCAGCAUUCAAUCACGAUAAAAUAGUAAGCUUUUUACUUGAGUAUGGGGCUGAUCUGGAAGCAAAAGAGGUAUUGGAAAUGACGCCUUUUCUAAUGGCUGUGACGCACGGAGCAGUCGAGGCUGCCAGGGUGUUGGAAAGCCAUGGAGCUGACAUUUUAGCAACUGACAAUUCAUUCAACAGUGCUAUUCAUUUGGCUAUCAUGUACAGAAAGUCUGAAAUGUUAAAAACGCUGCUAGAAAUGGACAAAGAUCACCGUUUAACAAAUAUGACGGACAAAGAUAAAAAGAACGUUUUUCACCUUGCCUGUGGACAGGAGACUUCUGAGGUAACUAACACCUAUAUUAUGCAAAAGUUUUAUCAUUGACCAAUAUAUAUAUUUAGUAUACGGCUACAACAGUACGCGCUCUCGGAUUGGCUGUUUUCUUGUAAUGACCGGGCAUUACUAGCUAGGUCUCCAAAGCAUAUACAAAUUGUGUUUAACUUGAUAGCGAACAUCCUUAUGGACAUCAUUGUUAUAAAUGGUCAAUUACAGCUGUCAAAAAGGGUAUCCGCUGACCAGUGUCACAUGACCGUAUCUCGGGCUCAGUUGUACAACUCACUGAGGUGUUGUACUUUUCAGAGUUAUCAGCCGACCUGUUGUUGGUUUUAAUUGAUAGCAGGCUCAGAUCCAUAAUGAAAAGGCCACAUAAUAAAUAACUUAUUAACCUCGUCCUUUCAGUCAUUACAGGGAAACCUCAGACCUCGGCUUUGAUGUAUUUUCCUCGCUAUCGCUCAGUCAAGGCAUCAAGGCCUCGGCCUGAUAUUUCCCUGAAAUGACCUCUCUCUCGGUUAAUAAGUAGUAUAUAACUUACACUAGGAAGUACAUUUACUGUGUACCUUCGAUAAGGGAAAAAGCUUAACGCCUAAAACGGUGAAAGAAUUGCAACAAAUUGACAAAGAUGUUGUUCCAGAAGUAAGUAAGGACAGAGACUAAAAAGCAUCAUUGAAAUCUGGAUACCAGAGAGGCGACUGACGCUUACGUGCGAAGAAAAUAUUAUGCGAAACAAAGUGUCGAAGAGCAAGCGAAUGUUUGCACUACACUGUAACCAAAAAGAACGAUUUCAGAGUACCUGCAGGCUAAAGUCUGAUUCAGCCUAUCCUAGAGCUCUUUGGGCAAAUUAUGCCAAAACAGCCCCAUCAAAUGCCUACCUAUUCCAGCCGACACUGGGACUCGUUUAACCUCUUGGGUACAGAUCAUGAUCAGCUCUAACUAAUUAGUGAGCUAAAUCAGACCCAAGAGAAUUGGACUGUAUUUUACGCACCGAAAAGGCCCUCAUUUUUAAGGCAAAACAAAUCGGUUUGAUUUAUAUUGUUUAUAAUACAUUUAGUCUGUCGCAAUUCUCUUCUCCCUUGCCACUAAAAAAAAAAAAAAGAAAGAAAGAAAGAAAUAAUCAGUUACUUUGACCGAGACCCCUAUCAUCUAACCGAGAUGUAGGUUGAUUCGCUGCUAUCAGUGAUAAUGCUUCCUGUCUUUUCGUUCGCUGGACGUUAGUCUGUCUCGUACAUUUCUGUUUAAGAUUUUGACAAUCCUUCUGGAAAGUGAUGCGUGUCCACCGAACGAUAGUGACAUAAAUGAAAAGGGACCCCUCCACAUCGCAGCCGAGAAUGGUUCACUAGAUUGUGUGGUGGUGCUCGCCAAGUACGCAUUCUUUAGAAGCUGUGUGAAUAAAAGGGAAGCUCGGGGAAUGUCACCUCUUCACUUGGCUGCCAGUAAUAAACACGCGUAAGUAAUGAUGGCGUAAGUAGCAAAUCCUUGCCAUUGUUUUAAUUUUCGUUAUUGCUUCAGAAGCUCUUGGUGACGACGAAGAGCCAUGAGCUGUUCGUCUGAAAACGACACCGUCACUAUGAAGAGCGGGUUGUGAAAAUGGAAGGAAUUUUAUUCAAAGAAGUCUUCACCUUUGAAGGGAAAGGGAUAUUGCUGACGAAAUCUCUAUUAUUUUGUGCUCUAAAGGGUUAAUGAAAAUUCGGCAAACCCAACUUUAUUAUCAUCAACGGCAGUAGUUUAAGUUAACCUCACACCCGCAUCCACUGUCAUCUUACUGUUUCAAUGUUAUAAGUAGAUUAGCCCCCUGAUCCAGGAGUUCACUUACUGGUUUUAGUUUUCUGCUAACUGAACUCUUGGAAGAAACUAUUAGUAGGUGGAAUAUGAUGGUCCAAGUACUCGUAGUCCUAACACCUGACAUAGGACUUUUGUUGACAGUCACUAACGUUUGGAGAAUCUGAAAGGUUUUCAUUUUAUAGUCAAAGUGAGUUGAUACAUCAAUUGACGUGAGCAACUCACUUUUACUCUGAAGAUGACUACUGCACAGGUUGUCGAAACGUCAGUUACUCUCAACAAGAGCACUAACAGGAUUUACCCAGACGAUCAAAUUCCACCUGUUUGUGAAAUGACUCCAGAGCUCAAACCUUUCACUGUGCCAUAAUGUUUCCCCGCUAGGAAUUAUUAUUCUAAUUCUUCUUCUUAUUAUUAAAUUACCAAAUAAACGCUUGAACUCCUCCUUCUCCCUACCGCGUGGCUCUACCACAAAAAAAGGGUCAGCAACAGAUACUUAGGUGCACAGAACGUCUAAAAAGAUCUGCAGUUAGCGUAAUUUAUGUAUCAAGUGGACUUGUUGUUUCUAGAAUCAAUUUUCCUCAUUUUGUCUACCUUUUUUUUUUAAAUUUCAGGAGAACAUGCGAUUUUCUGAUCUCAAAGGGUGCUGACGUCACGGCUAAAGACAAAGACAACAUGACGCCCCUUCACUUGGCUGUUAAGGCAGGCUCAUUAAAAACAGUAAAUGUACUAACGAAUUGCCUUUUGCCGAGUACACUGGAAGAAAAAGAUCAUGAGGGAAACACGCCACUUCAUCUUGCUUGUAAAUACAACCGUCUGGAUGUGCUGCAGUUUCUUUUAGACAGAGGAGCUGAUGUUACGGUCAGAAAUCAGGGAAACAUGACUUGUCUAGAUGUAGCGAUCGAGUGGGAAGCAGAGGAGGUGGCAAAGACACUCGUGAAACAUCAGAGGUACGUUUAUAUAAGGACCUAAUAGUGAGUAUGUUUUUCCUUUAAUAUCAACCGAUGUAUCUAUUAUCAUUAUUACUAUUAUUAUUAUUAUUUUUAUUACAAGUGUUUAUUUAUCUUACUAGAUUAAUUAUCCCGCUCGCCCUAGACCUAGAUUUAUUCAAAAUUAGCAUAAUACUACGUGUUGCGUUGUGUUGUGUUCUCAAAAUGGCGUGCUCACUGAAACAUGGUGUCGAGAGGUGCUUACGUUUCUCGUCGCGGAGUGAAGAACGAGGAGGAGAAAAAAACACACUGUCACGUCCUUGUAAAUAGUGUUGCGGAAAGCACCUAAAAAUCGGAAGCAGUGUCCAGAGGUUAAUCCUGUUACUUGUUCCAACUGCAAUAAGAUCUAUCAUUUUGCAAAGGUUUGCAAUAGAAAAAACAAGCAACCAGAAAUGAUAACAAAUGUGGGACACACUGUAGACUCAAUGAAAACUCCAAGCGACUAGUGGUUCGUGAAGCCCCUCUCUCUGGAACCUGUCAAAUGGACACUGCCUCCACAUGUUACCUCAUAAGCUAUGCUGAUUACUGAAACGUUGCUUAAGGUGGAGAUCCUAAACUGUUCAAGUCGGACUCCAAGCUACGUCGACUGCGUUAUGGCUCAGUCACGACUGUCCCAUGGAAGUCUGUGAGCUGUAUUGUGAUCGCCAAGGAAGAGAUCACAUGCUUGAGUUUCAAGUAGUACGAGUAGAACAAAAACUCCUAUUGUCAGCCUUAAAUUCUGAAGAAGAUGGUUCCUGAACAGUUGACUACAGUGGGGAAGUCCAUACUGUAAUGAAAGGAGUACCAAAAGUAGUCCCUACAACUAUGCAAGUGCCUCCAAGUCUUUUAACCUUCGAGUCCAUUAGUGCUCACUACAGUUAUGUCCUCUUUGGGCUAGGAUGUCUACCUGGUGAAUAUAACUGUAUUGAAGUGGACAAGAGUGUUAAACCUGUUCAACACCAAUUGUACCAAGUGGCUGUGCCCUAAAGCCAAAACUGAAGAAGAAGAUUACUGAACUCGAGCAAAGGCAGGUGCUCGCAAAAGCCAAGUCACCCACUGACUGGAUUAGCAAUUUGGUGGUAGUACGGAACCAUUAGGAAAUUGAGGGUCUGCAUUGACUCAAGGAUUAUAAUCGUGCACGUAAACGUUCACAAUACCCUAUGACCACCACUGAAGAGGUACUUUAUUGCCUUUCAAAAGCAAUGGUGUUCUCUGUACUCGAUGCAAAGGAUGGAUUUUGGCAAGAGAAUCUUGAAGGGAAAAGCAGCUUCCUCAUAACAUUCUGGAACCCUUUCUGGUGGUAUCGCAUGUUGCUAAUGCCUUUUGGCACAUGCAUAACACCUGAGGAUUUCCUUCAACUGUUAACAAGACCUUGCUGUUUUAUUUCACUUUUAAUUUAUAUAACUCAUCUGUGUGUGUGUCCCUUGCACGGCCUGGUACAAAGAGAGCCUCAUAGAAUCAUUAUUCUUAAGCCUUGGCCAAUGUUUUCUACUCAUUUCCAACUGCUGUUGGCUUUUGCCGACUUCAUGAAGACCUUAAGAAAGUCAUUUAUUAAUAAAUGAAAUUUUCCUUAUUCCUGUGCCCGUAAUUAUAAUAUAUUUAAUCAUUCUAGGUGGGAAGAAGUACUUGAAGGUUCUGCAUUUAGGAAGUUAAUAGAAAAGCUCCCAGAUGUUGCAGAAAUUGUUCUUGAUCAGUGUGUCACCUACAGUCCUUUGCCUCCGUCGCACGAAGACUUUACCGUCACGUUCAACAUGAGACACCUUGAUCCGCACUUGAUUGGUGUUGAAGACGCUGACUUUCCCCCUGCAAUUAUGGCCAGACACAAGAGAGAGAAACUGUUAACUCACGUUGCCACGCAAGUAUUACUUCGUGUGAAGUGGACGAUGCUCGCAAAGAUAUUUGCUUUUCUCAAUGUUUUGCUGUUCACCGUCUUUGUCAUAGUGUACUCUUGUCUCAUCGUAGAGGCAAGAGAUAAAAGCAAGCUGUUAUCUGGGACAAAGGGUGAAGAAUUAAAUAAGGUAUCACCUUUGAGCAAAUUAAGGCCUCGUGUGAUUCUUAUCUUCGUGAUUUUCCAACUUAUAAAGGAAAUAAUUCAGCUUAUGUGGAUGAAGUUGGCUUACUUUCUGGAUCUCUCAAACUUUCUCGAGUUGGUCAUGUAUGCAAUGGUAUGGAUUUUUGUCUUCCCCUUCGCGUUUGAUGACAAAGAGUUUUAUAGUGCUAGAUUCCAAUGGAAUGCUGGGAUAGUAGGUUUGCUUUUAUGUUACGUCAAUUUGACCUUAUGUUUCCGUCGCUUUGGUGGACUUGCCUUGUAUGUGACAAUGUACAUUGAAGUUCUCUGGACUUUUGUUAAAGUGAUUUCAACGUUCCUCGUCGCCUUGGUUGGAUUUUCAUUGGUUUUUUACGUUGUACUGCCAGGCCAGGUAAGAAUAUGAAUUGGUAUGAGGGAAAAAGUACAUUAAUGGAGCUAAAAUUGUCUGGAUUUGCUAAAAGGUACCGCCAGAAUUUUUUAGCAACAGUCUAAUUUGAGGCUUGUUCAAUACUUGACCAUUUGUUGCUCGUGAUGUUUUCAGUAAAAAAUACCCCUAACACGCUGCUGUAGACAAAAAAAACAUGUGUUUAAAAUUUUGUUUACAUCUUCAUCAUCCAAAUCCCCUACCUAUCAUUGCCCAUAAUUCUCUCCGUGUCAUAACACACUAUUACAUUUGAAAUCAGGGCGCGCGGUAGAAGUUGUUUUCCGUGGCCGGUUAAUUUUCUAGACUUUUUUUUGCCGCCUUCAGCAAAGUUUUCCGGAAGGUAUCGUUAAGCCCUAUGAAGGAUUAAGUCUCACUAUUGCCAAAGUCUGCCUUCGUCCGAUAUGUUACCGUAUUUCGUUUCAUUUUGACUAAACGGGUGAAACACUGAUCUCGGGCUUGAGACGGAAAGGCAUCAUAUUUUGAGCGUCGUUGUGGGCAGUAACGAGUCUCUGGCCUCAAAAAAAGUAAGUUUUAGCCGUCGAAUCUAUUCGGCGAGAGAAAAAUUGAUGCAUAUUUCUGACCAGGCCAGAGACGAAGUGAAAAAUUGUUUUGAAGGCCGGCGUCUAUAUGUCCCUUUCAAAACGGCUCGUCUACAUCCGGGAUCUUGAAUAAAUCGCCCGUGUCAGGAAAGUUUACCUGUGAUGAUUUAUGAAGAGAAAGGGAGAGUAAUUUGAUGAUAUUUCUCCCGUAUUAAGUGUGGACACAUUGUGCCUGGUUGGUUGUGCAUACUUUUGUCAGUGCCGCGAACGUGAUUAAUUGUAUGAUUUCCUGAAGUUGUUGGUGGACAGAAUUCAGGUAUGUCGUGGCGCUCUUGUUCUACGAAUAUUGUGUGCAAACAUAAAAACGCUUCGUGAGUGUUUAGUUAAAGUGCCUCUGCCUUAGACAACCGAUUCUGGGCUCAAGAAAGGUGGAUUCUAGAUCUGUUUUAGUCGGGCAUCUCGCUAUGAACCUCGUAGUUUGAGAGACUGAAAGGUCAUAAUUUCUGUAGUAUUGUUCAUUUCAUUACAAAUCUGUCGCUUUUGCGAAGAGCGACUUUUCGUACAUUGCCAGCCAUUAAUUUUUCCUUUUUAAGCCCUAACUAGCGACUUUCAACUGCUUUUUAUUCACCUCUAGGGUCAAUUGUUAAAACGCACUUGAAAUUUCUUUAGGUACCUUUUUGCAAAUCCAGGCAGAUAUAUAUAUCUUAUCAUUUUGAAUACUCGUUUCCGGAUCUGAAAGCAUCUCUUUGUCACGUUUCAACGAUAAAGGUGAAACGCAAACAAAAACAAAAACAACAAAUUACACGAAAACGAUAACCACUUUGGUACACCUUUUUUCCGUUUGCCAUGAAGUGAUGAUUAAUUUCUCAGUAAGGUUUUGAAUUAUAUAAAGGCACAACUUUUUCUCCCAUUUUCCAAUCUAAUUAUCUGCAGCAGAGGAUAUCUUGAAGAACACGAAGUAAAAGGUGAUUAAUAUCUCGGAAGUUGGAGAAGUAUGACUUUCAAACUGUAAACCAGAAAUAAAGGCUUCUAAGAAAGCUAGGGCUAGUCUAAAAGAUCGUUUACAGAGAAGGGAUAAUGAAACAAUUUGUCUCGCAGGAAAAAACUCAGUUAAUUAAUUAAUCAAUUAAUUCUAAAACUCACAAAGACCGGUAACUAACCAUCAUAUCAUUGGUAAAUGAAGUGCUUUUAAUUUCUUCAUCUACUCGUUCUCUGCCGACUAGGAUUAUUUCUCAACUUUUUGGUUUGCUGUGGGAAAGAUUCAUGUAAUGAUGGUUGGCGAACUGGAUUACGGCGGUAUGUUAGUGGACAAAAUUUCGGAAAACGUCACAGCUCCAGGAAGUGAUGCUUUAUCAGUGCCUUUGCCUCAGCUAACCAUUGGUUUGUUCUUCACGUUUGUGCUGACAGUCUCUGUUGUACUAGUUAACCUUUUGGUAUGUAUACACUCUUGUUAGCAAUAGGAUCAUGAAAUGCUUAAAUAUCCUUUCUCCUCUGUGAUAUAUAAUUAAACCGCAUCCUCUAAUAAGCCCCGCAUUAAUUCCCCAAUCUCACCAAUCUCGUCAUAAACCCACCCCCUCCUAAAAUAAGUAAGUAAAUAAAUAAAUAAAAUACAAUGUCUCUGCAUCUAUCAAAAUGUCUCCCCUAAGAAUUAAUUGUGUUAGAAGGUGGUUUAGUAAUGCUUAUUUUGUAGUGACAUAAUUCAAUAAUCAGCCUUAACAUGUUUGAGAUAGAAAUACAGUCAUAGCCAUCAUGCAUCGACAUACAAUUAUCAUAAUUUAGUUUAUCACUGACGAUACUUCAUAGGUUGGUCUUGCGGUAGGAGACAUCGAAGCAAUCCAGAGGACUGCACGUUUACGAGCCUUAAUAGAUCAAACGUUACUUGUCCACAGUCUUGUUAAAUACUAUCCAAGGUGCAUUCUCCAACGCGCACGAAAGAGUAUUUGGGAAAUAGAGCCAAACCGCAAUACAAUGAUUAAAAGGUAA